AACAUGUCUUCCUCGGUGUCUUUCAUCUUCCUUUUCCUUUUCUUUUUCCUCAGUAGCUUCAAAGCUUCUGCUCAAAAUCCUAUUUACACACUCCAUGUCUGUCCGAACACGACAACGUUCACAAGAAAUAGCACUUACUUCACCAAUCUCAAAACCCUUUUGUCUUCUCUCUCUUCUCCUAACGCUUCUUACUCCACAGGAUUCCAGAACGCCACUGCUGGACAAGUCCCCGACAGGGUCUUCGGACUUUUCCUUUGCCGGGGAGACGUCUCGCCGGAAGUUUGCCGUAACUGCGUCGCCUUCUCCGUUAACGAAACCCUAACUCGGUCUCCCAAAGAGAGAGAAGGCGUGCUUUAUUACGAUGAGUGUAUGCUCAGAUACUCUCACCAGAAUAUUCUAUCGAAACUUACACUUGAUGAAAAGUUUCAAGCACUCAAAAUGAACGGCAAUGAAGUUUCACCUAGCGUAAUAGACCGAUUAAAUUAUUUGGUGUCGUCCACGCUGAACCAAGUUGCCGUAGAUGCAGCCAACAGUCCUAGAAAGUUCUAUACGAGAUGGGUCGACUGGAAUUCACUUGAGACACUGUACACCCUGUUUCAGUGCACUCCUGAUCUGACGAGACAAGACUGUUUGCGUUGCUUGCAAGAAUCCAUCAAAGGAAUGUCUCUUUCCAAAAUUGGGGGGGGACGACUUGUUUUCCCGAGCUGUAAUUCAAGGUACGAGCUUUAUGCGUUCUACAACAAAACUGCCAUUGAAAUACUACAACCACCACCGCUGCCACCUGCUUCUACUCCUCCCGUGUCAUCUCCUCUGCGAACUGGGAAAGGUGGGAACGCAACUGUCUUAACGGUAGCCACCGUUGUGUCUAUUGUUGUGGUUGUUCUGCUUUUUAUAGCGGGUUACUGUUUCCUUGCAAAAAGGGCAAAGAAGAGUUAUGAAACAGCAUCUGUAUUUGAUGGAGACGAUAUAACAACCGCGGACUCACUGCAGCUCGAUUAUAGAACGAUCCAAAUUGCAACAAAUGGAUUUUCAGAGAGAAAUAAGAUUGGCCGAGGUGGAUUUGGUGAGGUUUAUAAGGGUACAUUUUCAAAUGGGACUGAAGUUGCGGUGAAGAGACUGUCGAAAACUUCAGGACAAGGUGAAGCAGAGUUCAAGAACGAGGUCGUUGUCGUGGCAAAACUUCAGCACCGAAACCUGGUAAGGCUUCAAGGAUUUUGUCUACAAAAUGAAGAAAGAAUAUUGGUCUACGAGUAUGUGCCCAACCAAAGCCUUGAUUACAUCAUCUUUGACCCAACGAAAAAACGUCAGCUGGACUGGACUCAACGAUACAAUAUCAUAGGAGGGACUGCUCGGGGGAUUCUAUAUCUUCAUCAAGAUUCACGGCUCACGGUCAUACACCGUGAUCUUAAAGCGAGUAACAUUCUCUUGGAUGCAGAUAUGAAUCCGAAAAUUGCUGAUUUUGGAAUGGCUAAGAUCUUUGGAUUGGACCAAAGCCAUGAGAACACAAGCAAAAUAGUUGGGACCUAUUUUGUAGUGGAUUUCAGUGGUUACAUGUCUCCUGAAUAUGCGAUGUGUGGCCAGCUGUCAAUGAAAUCUGAUGUCUAUAGCUUCGGAGUGUUAGUUCUUGAGAUUAUAAGCGGUAGGAAGAAUAGCAGCUUCGUCAAGACAAACGGCGCACAAGACUUGGUCACACAUACUUGGAGGCUUUGGAGUAAUGGAACAGCGUUUGACCUUGUGGAUCCAAUUAUUCUAGAUAAAUGCCAGACGAGUGAAGUGGUUCGAUGCAUCCAUAUAGGUCUUUUAUGUGUUCAAGAAGAUCCUAUUGAGCGUCCUACCUUGUCAACCAUUUUUGUGAUGCUCACGAGUAAUACUAUGACUUUAUCAGUGCCUCGACAACCAGGAUUUUUCAUUCAAAGUAGACCUAGAAAGGACCCACUUGAUUCAGAUCAAACUACAUCGACCAGGUCUGUUCCAGGGUCCGAUGACGAUACAUCAAUCAGUGAUUUAUAUCCUCGAUGA